AUGGAGAAAGGAGGUAACAUACAGCUGGAGAUCCCGGAGUACAGCAACUCUGUACUGAGCCAUCUCAACCAACUGCGAAUGCAAGGUCGCCUUUGUGACAUUGUGGUCAAUGUGCAGGGACAGACAUUCCGCGCUCACAAAGUUGUGCUAGCUGCCAGUUCCCCCUAUUUCCGGGAUCACAUGUCCCUAAACGAGAUGAGCGCUGUCUCGCUUUCAGUCAUCAAAAACCCUGGGGUUUUUGAGCAGCUUCUUACUUUCUGUUACACGGGCCGGAUCUGUCUGCAACUUGCUGACAUUAUCAGCUACCUAACAGCCGCAAGCUUUUUGCAGAUGCAACAUAUUAUCGACAAGUGCACUCAAAUCCUAGAGGGUAUCCACUUGAAGAUUAGUUCUCCAGAAUCUGAAGAAGAGCGAAGUCCAAGCCGGCCAAAGCAUACGGAGAGAGUUCAAGAUUCCAAUCGUGUUAGCCAGAGCCUAAGCUGUUCCAUAAGUCCACGUCACAGCACACCACGAACCUCAGGCACUCGAAGAGGGCAGGUAAGCACAGUUCUGGACAUUCGGGAGUUGAGUCCAGCUGAGGAGUCCACCAGUCCUCAAAUGGCGGAGCAGGGAUCGGAUGUGGAGAGCAGGGAACCAAUUCUACGUAUCAACCGGGCAGGGCAAUGGUAUGUGGAGACAGGGUCUGCAGACCGUGGAGAGCGUAGUGAUGAUGAGGUGAGGGUGAUGGGAGGCCUCCGUAUCAAGACUGAGAACCUAGAUGAAUGGCUUGGGCCGGAGAACCAGCCUUCUGGUGAGGAUGGCAGCAGUGCAGAGGAAGUGACUGCCAUGAUGAUCGACACAACAGGACAUAGUUCUACUGGGCAGGAGAACUACAGCUUGGGAUCAUCUAGCACAAAAGUAUCCAGGCCAACAAGCAGUGACGUAGACAGGUGAGUUUAAAUAUUACUAGAUAUACAUCCCACAAAAUAAUUGCAGGCCCUUUUGUUCUGUGUGCAGUGUAUUUCCAUUCCAUUUAAAAUUAUACAUGGAAGUGUUGACAUGGUAGUAUAUACCAGUACUAAUAGACAUAACAUACAUAGGGAAUCAGCUGUAGCCUAAAACCAAAGGAAACAUAACAUUGCGUAAUAUAAUUUAUGUAUACAAUAUUGCACAAAAUUUCUGAUGUUCUAGCACACAAGAGUAACUCCCCUGAAAAUUUGGUUGCCAAAUUCCCUUCAGGUUUCUCCACUUCGCUUGUUCAAAGGCUGUUCAGCUUCCUAGAAACAAGGCACUCUACUAGGGUAUAGGUGUUUAGAAAUUACUUUUAUUAAAAUCCCUUUAAAAUUAAAAAUGGGUCUUACCUGUUUCCUCCUUCUUGGGACUUUCUCAGGGACCGACAAUUAAAAUACAUCUAAUACAAAGUGCUAUAACCACCCCGCCAAGUCACACUUUAAAUCACUGCUUGCUACUCCUGGGGGUGUACGCGCCUCCUCCCACUUCAUCCUGAAUGGAUGGAUCAUCCUCAGCUGAAUGGAUAAAUAUACCAGCACUGUAUUUUGCAGACAAAUUAUCCACAUGGAAUAAUGAUACACGCAAUUGUAUAAUGUGCAGCUGUUAGCCAAGCAAAAUCAGCUGAGAACUUUGACAAAAUAAAGCACAGUAAUGCAAGACUAUUGUGGAUUUAGAAUUAUUAGUUCUAUAUGCAGCCGCACAAUCAUUGUAAUUUACAGGGUUAUGCACUAAAGCAUGGCUCGACAAAUCCCAGGCGCCAGGUCGUCACGGUGACUAGAAAUUUCGCCCUGGUGCCUGGGAUUUGCCAGCUCUUUAUAUGUGGCUGCCGAGGGAGUUUUGAAGGCAGCAGCCGCUGGACAGCAUGGAGCAGCCCGUCCGCCUGAGCAAGGAGGUGGCUGGCUGAGGCAGCAAGGAGGCGGCCGGCCGAGGCAGCAGAGAGCCAGCCACCUGCGUGAGCAUGGAGGCGGCCGCUGAGGCAGCAUGGUGCCGCCCGCAGGAGCAAGGAGGUUGUGCGCGAACUAACAAUACUCUCACUGCAGCUCCUCUCUGCUCCUUCGCGCUGUUUAAUGAUGCCAGGAGCCGGAACAUGACGUCACUCCGGCCCCGGAAUCAUUACAGAGAGCUAAGUGGUUUUCAAUUAAUACAAAAAUGUAUGUGAGAGCCUGUCUGAGUGAGUGUGAGCCUGUCUGUGAGAGUGUGUGUGUGUCUGUUCCUGUCAGAGUGAGUGAGUGACUGAGUGUGUGUGCGCACGUGAGCCUGUCAUCAGUGUGUGUAUGUGUGCACCUGUCAGAAUGUGUGUGCGCGCCCGUUUAGGUACUUGCCCCCUCCAAAUCGCAUGAGGAAGGUGUUUUUACUCACCUUUUUUUCCCACGCCUUGCCACUUUCGCUAUGGCUGAGAUUAUAAAUCUUUGUGAUCUCAGCUAAGCCAAUGCUUUUCCUUAGGAAAGCAUUGGGAGGAUUUUGUGCAUGCGCAGUAAAUGUGCCAAUCCGCAUCUCCUCAUAGGGAUGCAGUGAAUUAAUGAAUCUCUAUGAGGAACAUUCAGCGCCUCCAUGCAGACCUUGGAGAACCUGAACGUCGGUGCUGCACAUGGGUGACCCACGACUGCCUAGUGUCCGUCUGAGUGACUGUCACUAGAGGUGAUGCUAAGCAGCAAUGUAAACACUGACUUUUUUCUGAGAAGGCAGAGUUUACACUUAAAGGCCUGCAAGGUAUAGAGUCACCAGAACAACUACAUCAGGCUGUGGUGGUUCUGGUGACUAUAGUGUCCCUUUAAGAAUUGCAUUUUUUGCCUGAGUGGGACCAGGCAGCACUUUAUGGGGGCAGAACUUCAUGCAGGGAAAAACAGCUGAAAAACACCCACAGUUCACCCACUGUGCAUGCUGCGUAGCGCAUGUUGCCAACUUAUUUUCACUGGGAUAGUUGGUACAGUCCUCUAGACAGCAACAGAUCUCAGCCAACUAAUGCAGACUGGCUGAUUUUGUAUAAGAACUUAAUAGAUAUAAGGUCCAACAACUGUUUAAAUGUCCCUUGUAUUCUUUGUCUAUGUUCAUGUUCGAGUAGGACACAUGGUCACAUUAUGCUAAGAUGGCUGUGACCCCAAGCUAUGCAGGGGGUAUCCCUGGUGCCACCAAUGUGCUAUAUAGAUAGUGAAGGCCACAUACAUUUACAUAGUUAGGCAAUGUCAUUUUGUACUUUUCAAUAUGUUCCAUACUGAAUGGAAGACCAAAUAUCUGGCCCUCACAGCAAGCUAUACAUUUUAUUCUUCCUUCAAGACUUUAACCUGUGCUUAACGUAUUCAUGACCAUUACUUGAUUACUGCUUCUCACUCCAUGUCCUACUUAAGAUUCAGCCCAUCUGGUAGCAUGGUCACUAUGACAGAACGACAUCGAGCAAAGAGCGAGUCUCCGAGGAGGAUAGAGGAGCAGAAACAGCACAGCUCCCAGGUCAGUGAUUAACAUGUGUUUGGCAGGAUUCAUGUCUCCAAAACAAUAACUACAAUCCCCAAAUCAAAAUAUCAUGAAACCAGCAGAGAAGGUUCUGAAAUAGAACUUUCAUUUUCAUUUGCAUGCUGAGAAUUGUGAUACAUGUAACAGAAUAAUCUCUUUAAAAGUGCAACACAAAGAUUACAACCAUGCUGUUUUUAGAUUUGGACAGUUUCCUUAAUUGGUGAAUCGCUCCACAGCAGGGAAAACAUAGGUAAAGAUGCACAGAUAAGUGAAAUUUAAUCUAUAUGGGUUAUAUACUAUACUAAAGUGAGACUUGUCAGAAAUUCUAAGUGAAUUUCAAAUGUAAGACCCACGUAGCUAAGCUGGAAGCUUUGCUGAGUAACACAAUUUAUACGUUUGGCUGUCAUCUUAGAGGAGGCAGUGAAAUUCUUCAGAAAUACACCCUGUAUAACAGAAAUGUAGAUUAUAUAUCCAAAUAGGGACAACAAAUUCUAGGUGUUUUUUUUUUUUUUUUUUGUUUUUUUAUAACCAAUUCUAAUGCUUUUAAAGGCUUUGUAAAUCUAAAGGACAUAUUGUUCGCAUCCUGGAUAUUUUUCCACUCGCAGUAUUAAAAUAUUUGUAACAUCCAAAUAAUCUAUAAUUGUGAGAUAAUUGCUUUUUAUGUUCACCCAAAUUAGCAUGUAUGCAUUACAAACACUAGACAGCGUGGUGUACACAUCUAGUUUGAAUUAGAAUUUCAAUAGUUCCAUCUUUGUACAUCCAUUUCAAAUUCAAAUACUAGGUCCAUAAAAGUGUGAUAUAUGUUAUCUAUUUCCGUUGCAGGGAGACGAAACCGGUGUUAUUGGAGUAAGUGGUUAUGUAGAAUAUCUCCGUGAGCAAGAGGUAUCAGAGAGAUGGUUCCGUUAUAACCCACGUCUCACUUGCAUCUACUGUGCAAAGUCUUUUAACCAGAAGGGUAGUCUUGACCGACACAUGCGGCUGCACAUGGGUAUCACUCCUUUCGUGUGCCGGAUGUGUGGAAAGAAAUACACUCGCAAGGAUCAGCUGGAAUAUCAUAUCCGGAAGCAUACGGGUAACAAACCCUUCCACUGCCAUGUGUGUGGGAAAAGCUUCCCCUUCCAGGCCAUCCUCAAUCAGCACUUUCGAAAGAACCAUCCUGGUUGUGUUCCCCUUGAGGGACCUCACAGCAUUUCCCCUGAAACCACCAGUGUUGUUACCUCUAGAGGUCCAGCUGGGGAAGAAUCUCCUCCUCAUGACGAAGGAGGAGGUGUGGCUCCCUCAGCAAAUGCCGAGGCGGCAUAUGGAGGCGAGACAACUCAUGGUUCUGUGUCCACUACAGGUCCAGAUUAA